AUGGCGGUAAACACGACCUACCUCCUCUGCCAACAGAUGGACACGUCCUUCCCUUAUGACCCAGCUACCAGUUCAUUAAAAUUCAGUCUUCUUCUAGUUCUGUCAGUCUCCACGAUGCAUGUGUUUUGCUGUUACCCAGUUCCAUCUCCUAAGGUGUCCGGGACGCCGGGUGACCUUCUCCUCCUGCUGAGCAGCGGCCGGGCCAGGGCGCCCAGGAGCGAGGGGCUGGGCUUUCUGCCGCUUUUGGAGAAGGUGUUUGCGAAACGGUCCUUUCGCAACGGAGUCGGCACGGGGAUGAAAAAAACUCCCUUUCCAAGAGCAAAAUCAUGA